AUGUCGACUGGUACCUUGUUUGUGCAGGACUCGCGCACCGGUGAGAAGUACGAGAUUCCGAUUCGUCGCAAUGCCGUGCGUGCUCUCGAUCUGCAGCGCAUUCAGGCCCCGACUGCUGGUUCCGAUCGAGCCGAUCAGGUAUCUCUCGGGCUGCGCGUCCAUGACCCGGGGCUCCAAAAUACGGCAGUGGUUGAAAGCGCCAUCAGCUUCUCGGACCAUGAGCGCGGGGUUUUGAUAUUCCGAGGUUUUACUUUGGAGCAGCUCUGGGAUUCCGACUUUGAAGACAUGUUCCAUCUACUGUUAUGGGGAACGUACCCCGCGGUGCAUCAGCGAACAGAGCUGAGCAGAGCCCUCGCCAUGCAUAUGCAAGAGGUUCCCGACGAAGUGUUCAGGGUCAUUCAAGGUCUGCCAUCAACUUCGCCGCCGCUGUCAUUGAUUCUAGCGGGCCUCGCGGCUUGUUUGGCUUCCGAGCCAGAUGCGCUCCCUGCAUCUUCCAACGCGACCCUUUACCAGGAAGACUUGGACCAAGCCGACCUGAGAAUUCUGCAGACUGUUGCCAGCUAUGCCGUGGUAUUCGCUGUGGUCCGCUGCCACCGGCUCGGUAUCGACUGGCAGCCUCCUGCAACGGGGAGAACCUACUACGAGAAUCUUUUCAUCAUGUCUGGCCUCGAUAGUUCGACCACAGCGCUCCCUGCCCCCGUCCGGUUGUCCUGUUUUCGCCGCUUUUCCAUGUUGAAUGCCGAUCAUGGCAUGGCCCUGGCAGUCUUUUCGGCACUAGUGACAGCCUCCUCUCUAACUGACCCAAUAUCCUGUCUGAUCACAUCGGUGGCCGCAGCCCAUGGUCCCCUCCAUUUUGGUGCCACCGAAUCUGCUCAGCGUGCGCUACACGAAAUUGGAGACCCGAAAAAUGUCCCUGCAUUCCUUGGCGAAGUUAAAUCAGGCAAACGCAAAUUGUUUGGAUAUGGCCAUCGGUCGUACAAAGGUAUUGAUCCCCGCGUUCGUCCGAUUCGGGCCAUCCUGGAGGAUCUGACCGAACACAAUCCAUUAUUCAAAUUGGCCGAAGCCAUUGAGGUAGCUGCAUCGACAGAUGAGUACUUUCUCUCGCGCCGAUUGUAUCCCAACGCGGACUUUUACGGGAACUUUGUGUUCACGGGCAUAGGAAUCGAGACGGAGAUGAUCCCAGCAGCCAUGAUUUCCCAUCGCAUAAUGGGUAUCAUGGCUCAUUGGCGCGAGUACAUGGGUAAGGAACCACAAUUCGUACCUCGUGACGGCGAGCCAUCGGAGACUACCCCCCUGCUGGUUCAUUCCACUGCGCCAUACUCCGUAUUUUCUACAAGCCAGAAGCGACUCAUCAUUUUGGCCGCCGCACUUAUCUCUUCGUUUUCUCCUAUAUCAGCCAAUAUCUACUAUCCCGCUCUCAAUUCUAUCGCCAAAGAUUUACGGGUCAGCCCGUCGCAGAUCAACCUGACCAUUACCACGUACAUGAUAUGCCAAGCCAUUGCGCCGACGUUCACGAGUUCCCUCGCCGACAAAGCCGGACGUCGACCUGCGUACAUAUGCUGUUUCGUGAUCUACAUUGCCGGAAAUGUGGCCCUCGCGCUCCAGCAUUCGUUUCCCACAUUGCUGGUUCUCCGUGCUGUGCAAAGUUGUGGUAGUAGUGGUACUGUUGCAUUGGCCUCUGCUGUCGUGGCCGAUGUCAUCACCUCUGCCGAGCGAGGCGCAUACAUGGGAAUGGCCUCAUUGGGAAAUAUUCUCGCCCCAUCAUUGGGUCCCGUUGCUGGCGGCCUCUUGAGCCGGUAUUGGGGCUGGCAGUCAAUAUUUUGGUUCCUGGGAAUCCUGGCGACUGUCUUCUUUAUUCCAUUGCUACUCUUCUUCCCUGAGACUUGCCGCGCCAUUGUUGGCAAUGGGUCAAUUCAACCUUAUGGAUGGAGUAAAUAUUUUCGAGAUUAUUUUCAGAAACCGAAGCAGGGACCAGAGCUGGAUUUUGAGGUGUCGUUAACUCGUGAUCUGGUUAAAUCGCCCGGCAUACUAAAUGCUCCGGUGUCGCUGAAACUUCUGUUUCAUCGCCCCAUUGGCUUGAUUCUUUUGGCCAAUGGUGUGGUUUUCGGCAGCUACUACGCAGUCACUGCAGGUAUUCCUGUGCAGUUCGGGACUCUCUACGACCUCGACGCUUUACAGAUUGGACUCUGUUUCAUACCAGCGGGGCUAGGCUCAUUGCUCAGUGCGACGGCCAACGGUGUGUUUGUUGACUGGAACUACAGAAGAACUUGUUUGCAAGCGAAGCUAUUGGUAAAUCAAACCGUGAAACAAGACAUACUCACAUUUCCAAUUGAGAGAGCAAGGCUCCAAAUUGGGAUACCCAUGAUUAUGCUUGCAGCCGCAUCCAUUGUACUGUACGGGUUCCUCAUGGCCCAUAAAACUCCACUUUGGGCUGCUCUUCUGAUGAUCUUCAUAAUAAGCUUCUGCAUCACCGCUGCGUACAAUGUCAUGAACGUGUUGAUUGUAGACUUGUACUACGCAACGCCUGCUACGGCCAUGGCCGCCAAUAACCUUGUCCGCUGCUCCCUUGGAGCAGGUGCCGCAGCGGCAGCCAACCCCUUAAUGGAAAUCAUUGGUGUGCAGUGGGCAUAUUGCGCCGUAUCUGGUAUUUUGGUGGCCACAAGUCCCUUGUUACUGCUUGUGUAUGUAAAGGGCUGGAAUUGGCGCCGAGCGCAGGCCAGGACAGGGGUAUAA